AGCAGUUACUGUUCAUGGUAAUGAAACCCACAAGUGUAUCUUGUGAGAAGCAAAACUCCUCUUUAGCAAAAAGACCAGGCCGUUAAGUUGAUACACCCGUGGAUUGUUGCAUUGAGGGAGCCAGUUUUUCUGCUUGUAUCAAAAUAUUGGAGAGCUUUGGGAUAUCCAGAGUUGCAAGCCACGUGUGAAGUUACUCAUGGAGAAAUUUGAGGGAGGUAACAGAGACACAGAGGAUAUGUCAAACAGUCGACCCAUCAAAAUGCCAAGACAAGAUGUACCUACAGGAAUACAGACAAGGAAAGCAGUACUUGAGAAAUUUGCAAGUAAAGGAUAUGAAGCAUGUUCUCCAGGACCCAGUACCCUUCAAAAACCUGUUCAGCCUAAGCCUCCUCUGGGAGUCAAGCCUUCAAGUGAUGACAAAACAGAGAAAGAUCCAAACCCACCACAUUUGAACCCAGUGGCACAAAGGUUUGGUGUUCAGCUUCAGCCCACUAGCAGAGGAAAUGAUGAAAAAACUGCAUGCACUAAAUUCUCUAUCAAAACCAGUGACCCAUCAAGAGAAGACCCAAAGCCUUUGAACCCAAAACCUGCGUGGAACAAGUUCCUUUCUCCUCCUGAUAAAGAAAAAAGUUCUCUGGGACCAAAACCAAAUUUAAAUUUUGUACCACAGGAGAGUGAGGCAAAACCAGAAUUUUCAAAAGUAGCUGCAGUUAAGGAAAAAUUAAGGUCUGCAACACAAGAAAAUGAGCCCAAGCCUCCUGUUUCUAAACCACCUCUUGCACAGAAGCCUUCUCUAAACAAUGAGGUAUCUCAGAAUGAAGACACUUCUAAUAAAAGUGGUUUUCUGCAAAGACUGUCAGGACCUAGAACAAAUACACACGCACUCCCAGAAGCAAAGGAAAUGGGUGAAAAUAAUAACUCUGCUGCAGAAGCUGCAGGCAGUCAUUUUCCUAAAAUAACUCUGAAGCCUACUGGCCACAGGUCCAGCUUAUCAAAAGGAACCCCCAAAACUGUGGAGGAAAACACUGAAGAAAAGGGAAUGAGUGCUGCCAAGAACAUCUUCCUCAACAAAAUCAUCCAGGAAGAAUCAGGUUCUUCUCAUAAAUUCCAUAAGAUGAAUACAGCACUUGCUGCAGAAAGACCAUCAGGUGAACCACAAGAUAAAGAGGAUGAGGACAGGAGUUCUAAAAUGCCCAAGCGGAAAACCUUGCCCUCAGUGUUCAAGCUGGGCCAGCCCCCACAGAAGCCAAGCAGACCCCCCGUUGUGCACCUGGGAAAGUUCCGGAAGAGCCGCCAAAAAAAUAAUCCUAAAAAUGAAGGUUUGAAACAGAAAACACCUUCUUCAGCAGCACUUGCCCUACCAAUAGCUCCAUCACACUCUGCUGUGCAGUUGCCACCUCCUCCACCAGCCUCUCACCCAUCGCUGCAGGUGCCAGCAGCUCCCAGUCUGCCUCCCAGAAACAUGAAGCCCAGCUCUGAAACAAUAAGCCCAGAGAAUGAAGAAAAUUAUGAUGACGUUGAAUUUGUUUCACAGGGUCAUGGAAAUACACCGAGGGGACAAGAAAGUGAUGGAGAAACAUAUGAAGACAUUAGUGACAUCAGACCACCAAGGAGAAAAGAGAAGAAGCGGGACAAAGAAGAUAAGAGAAGAAUGGACCAAGAGAAGAAAGAACAAAAGGAAAAAGAAAAGAAAGAACAGGAAUUAAGGAAAAAGUUCAAAUUAACGGGACCCAUCGAAGUCCUUCAUCAGGCACGAGCUUGCGUUGAUCACAAGGGAGGGAAGAAUGAACUGACUGUCAAACAGGGGGAUAAGAUUGAAAUCAUUCGCCUCACAGACAACCCAGAAGGAAAGUGGCUGGGCAGGAUAAAAGGAUGCUAUGGAUACAUUAAAACAACCAUGGUGGAGAUUGAUUAUGAUUCUUUAAAAAGAAAGCAAAAACCAUCUACCAGAGCUGCUGUGAAACAUACAGAGAGUGACCAAGAAACUUAUGAUGAUGUUGGAGAGCAGGACACGACUAGCAGUCAAAGUGGUGACCAAAGUGGAGGUGGAAACAUGUUCCCACCUCCUCCUUCUGAUCAAGACAUUUAUGAUGGAAUUGAUGAUGAAGAUGCUAUAGCUAGGUCUGUAUCACAGGAUGAAGAUAAGAAUGGUAUCUGGUCCUGGGGAAUCUUGAAGAGGCUAAAGGUCAAAGAUGUCAAAAAGAAAAGUGUACGAGAAAAAGCAGCCAAAGUCAAUGAGGCAGAAGAAAAUGAAAAUUUUUUCAUGUCUUCCUCAACAAGGCAGUCUGGAAAAGAUUAUGGAGACAAUGUUUAUGAUGACGUAGAUUCUUCAGACUUCCCUCCUCCACCACCUGAUCCCAGUUCAUCAAAAUCAGGAAGCUUUGGAAAACCUAAGUCAGAUGAAAAAUACGUACAAAAGCUCAAGAAGAUGGAAAAAGAAGAGAAAGAGUUCAGAAAAAAGUUCAAAUUUGACGGUGAAAUAAAAGUUCUUUACUCUACAACCACAGUUCAGGAUUUGUCUCAGAAAAGAUGGGGAUAUAAAGACUUACAAAUUAAACCAGGGGAAUCUCUUGACAUUAUUGAAAGUACAGAUGAUACUAAGGUCCUUUGCAGGAAUGAAGAAGGAAAAUAUGGCUAUGUUCUGAGAAGAAAUUUAGUUCAGAAUGAUGGAGACAUUUAUGAUGAUAUUGGUGACGAUUGCAUCUAUGAUAAUGACUCUGAUGCUGAAUUCUCUUGAAGUAACAAUUUCAUUGAAGAUCAAACUCUAGUUUGGAAUCCCACUUGUGAAAGCAAGAAGAGUCAUGAACACUGAUUGCAAGUUAAUUGGUUUCUCUUUUAAAUUACAAUUAACCUUUUUCUAGGAUUUCAGCCUUUUAUCUUCCAGUGCUUUGUAAAAAUUUGUAUUGCCAUUUAUCUGAGCAUUUAAAAUUUAGGGAAUAUGAGCUAAAGUAAGGAUUAUGAUUUUUCACUUCCUUUCCACAUUUCUGACAGUGCAUGUAGAAACACUUCUUUAUCUAUUCCCAAAGAGGCCAGUUCAUAUCUGUGAAGGGUACUAAGGACAAAAAUCCCUGGCAACAGGUUUUACUAUAUGUUUCACUUAUUAAACUGCCACUCUGGGUAGGACAGUAUUCUGAAAAAAAAAAUGAUGAUAACAUCCUGUUGUGAAAACAAGAAAUCAAAAGUGGGCAUCAGAGAAGACAAUACAUCACUGACCUGCCAUUCCAACUGCAAUAGUGUUAGCUACACUGACAUACACAGUCAUGUUCCAUUAUUGCAACAGUCUCUUUUUCUGUGUUGUACUAAUGAUAGAAUAUCAUUCUCUAAAAUUUAUUUGAAGUCUACUUUAGAGAAUAGUGUUCUACUGUAUACUGUAGUGUUGCUCAAAAUAUACUCAGAACAUUUAGUGUAAGAUUUAAUUUCUGUUUAGUUUGAAGAUAAGAUGUCACUAUAAUAAUAUAGGUAUUAUAAGCUAUAAACUGAUGAUAAACUUGUUGGAAAUUACUUCUAGACUAAAUAUAUAGGUACAUUUAUCACUCUAUUUUGAUAAUGCCUUUUUUUCCCUAAGUAUUGCAGUUUAAUACUAGAUUUGGCUAAGAAAGAAUACAGAAAUAAAACAUUUCCAUGCUUA